AUGACACCCCAGAAGGUUUACUCGCUCGAUGAGCUGAGGACCAUACGCUUAAAAAAGGGAGAUACAGAGAUCAUGAGAAUAUUUCUAUCACCGGGGAUGGCCUUCCAAGCGCCCCAUUACAACUGCCACUGGACGCCCCAUAUUUUGACUACCAAACAAAAAAAAAGUCAUGAUUUGGACAUGAUGCAGGCCAAUAUUUACAACGCAUUCGCUGAUUAUAUACCUACCCAUGGUAUACCAGUCCAGCCGAUCUAUGGGACCAAGUCCAUCUUGUGGUUCCCUGAAGUUUUCCGAAAUGCCGCUUUAUCGCAAUGUGCAUAUCCAUUUCCGCGAUUUGAAGGGAACGACACCAACCCAUCUGAGAUUCUGCCUUUCCUCGGUAAGGAAGGGGUGGAUAAUUCAGAGCUCAAUACUAGACUCCUGCAGGCAGGCAUGUACCUCACAGAAAUAGAGAAUUUUGGGAUAGAUGUGAAAAGCCUCGCGGCAACAUUAGGAGAUGCUCUCGCCAUGAUCAUAUUCAAAUGCGGGUUGUUGUACCGUGGAAAACUCGCUUUCAUCGUCCUUAGCAGUGAAUCACCUGGUUGUUUUACUAUUGGUCUCAGCGUCUACGUUGCCCAAUUAUUUGACAAGCAACGACCUGGGGAUGCGCGACUCGAGAGAAAAGAUAUGACGCGGAUGGCGGAAGCGGCGGAAGCACAACUACCUUCUCCUAGGGUGUCACCCUUGCUUUGGAACAUCUUCAAGACGGCGUUCAUCACCAGGGGUAAGAAGUACCACUCUCUCGUUCGCGACAUGACUCCGGAGGAGAUGAUGGCAUUCUUUGAAGGGGCCUACAAUUCCUAG